AUUUGGCUACAUUCAGUGAGGAAAUUCACAAGACUUCCUUUUCUUCAAGGAAGGUGAAGGCUUUACAUUCAAUCAUUAAAGACUCUUUUUACUGUGCUUGUAUUUUGGGAUUUACGCAAGAUACCUAGUUAAUACUUUGUGACUGAUUGCGGUAAGGCCAUUACACUUUCGAGAAUUUAUAAAUCUUGGAUAAACUUCUAAAAGGCCAAGAAAUUGUUUUCGUGAGUAGUUUUUGAGAUUUGGCCCUUUCUAUAAAUAAAGAGAAUAAUUUAUCACUUCACCCAUCCAUUUGAAUUUUAUAUUGGAACAGAAUGAGUAGCGGAACAUCAAGAGAAGAAUUACAAAAGAAGCUUCACGAGAAGAUUGAUAAGUUUAGAUCUCAAAGGAAGCUUCCAAAAGACACCGACCGAAAAGCAUUGCUUCAGAGUCGCAAGGAAAAGGCUGAGCAAAGAGCGCAAGCGAAAAAGAAGGCAAAGGCAGCUGCUAGAGAAGCUGAAUUGAAGAAAGGUGCUGAACGUAAUGCAGCUUCUCAAGGUAAAGAAUUAGAAAGCUUGGAUCACGCAUCUGACUCAGCCGACGGAAAGCCAGACAUCACAUAUGGAACUCUUCUUCUCGGACAAGACAAAUUUACCAAUGGUGAACUAAAGAAGUCCGGUAAAAGAAAGGGCCCAACAGAUGUUUACGGGGCCAUGAAGCAUUUGGAAGCGAAAAGGGCGCGGAUCGAGAAGUACGAUGAAGAGAAAAAGAAAAAGAUUGAAGAAAGUGAUACCUGGCAUCGGGUUUUACUUCAAGCGGAGGGGAAAAAGUUACAGGACAACGAGAAACUCUUGAAGAAAACCAUGAAGCGGAAGGAAAAGGAAAAGAAAAAAUCAUCGAUGGCCUGGCUAGAGCGUAACAAGGCUGUUCAUCAGACGAUGGCCCUGAGACAGAAGAAACGUGAAGAGAAUCUUCAAAAACGUCGAGAUAGUAAGAAGUCUAAUAAGAAGUCUGCUAAGAAGUCAGACAAAAAACCAGACAAGAAGUCGGAUAAAAAGACGAGAAAGUCAAAGCCUUCUAAAGGAAAGUAAAAUCAAUAGAUAACAUACGGGUACCUGGGAGAAUUUAGGAUUGGAUUACGGUUUUAAUGAGAUGUUUUUCUACAUA